GCGAGCCGUUGUCAGGCCAGGGUGAAGGAUCAGUGGCCAGGCAGAGAAAGAAGUCUGCGGAGUGGAGAGGGAAGGCUCUGGCAGUGGGACUGAGAUGUGAAUAAACAACGAACUGCCUCAUGAAGCAGAAACAGGAACAUUCUGGUCCACACCGGACAAGAAUGGCACUGCUUUCUAGCCGCUGCCUCCUUCUGAUCAGUGCACUGGAGUUCUUUGCCCUUGACUGCUUCACAAAAGGUCAGAAGAACAGCACGCUCAUUUUCACGAAGGAAAACACCAUUCGGAACUGCAGCUGCCCUGCAGACAUCCGGGACUGUGAUUAUAGUCUGGCUAAUCUGAUAUGCAGCUGCAAAACCGUCUUGCCUUUGGCAGCAGAGCAAAUCAGCUACAGUGGCCAUCUGACCAUCUGGUUCACCGACACAUCAGCGCUGGGCCGCCUCUUGAACUUCACACUGGUUCACGACCUGAAGCUUUCCCUGUGCAGCUCCCACACCCUGCCCACCCAGUACCUGGCUGUGUGGGGGCUGAGGAGGCUUCGCAUCAACACCGAGGCCAAGCAUCCCUUCGCAGAGCAGAGCCUGCUCAUCCACAGUGGGAGGAAUGGCCACUCCAAAGAGACCCCCGUGUCGUUACACAAAAGCUGGCAAACGUGCAUGUUUAUUUCAUUCCUAGACAUGGCUCUUUUCAACAGGGACUCAUCUUUAAAAUCAUAUAGUGUUGAGAACAUUUCCAGCAUUGCCAAUGACUUCCCUGACUUUUUUUACUUUAAGACCUUCCCAAUGCCAAGCAACAAGAGCUAUGUUGUCACCGUCAUUUACUAAUAUCAUACCUGUGUCUAAUGGCCUGGAACUCUGAUAAACAAUGGGUUAUUUGAAUUAAAAAAUCUGGGAAUAAGGUCAUGAGAUAGGUAUGUCUACCUCUAACUGUGUGCCUUCCUCUAGCCCUCAAUCCUAUCAGAGCCCUCUUACAAAUAACCACUUCUCCUUGCUCUAUGCUCAACCUUAGGAACUAUUUUGAAGAAGAAAAUAAAUAGGAAGCAAAAACAAAUGAUUCAUUCUUGAGAUA